GCACUCGCGGUACUUUGAUGUUGACCGUAGAUGGGUCUGCGCACUACCGUAUGAAGUCAAACACACGCGCUUUUUACAAACAUUUCCUCCCAGUACCAGUGAACAUGCCACCCAAGAGAACAACACGAAGCAGCGCCAACAAUAAAGAACACACAGACGAGUCGUCUGAAGCUGCUGCACCACUUAAAACUGGCAAAAGAAAACGUCCAGCUGCAGAUGCAAAGAAAACCAAUGAACAAACAUGCAAGGCAUUUUACUGGUUGAUGAAAUCUGAACCUGAGAGUCGGAUUGAAAAUGGAGUGGAUGUGAAGUUUGGAAUUGAGGACCUAAAAGCCUUACCCAAUCAAACAGGAUGCUGGGAUGGAGUGAGAAAUUAUCAGGCACGCAACUUCAUGAGAGAUAUGAAGGUGGGCCAGCAGGCUUUCUUCUACCACAGUAACUGUAAAGAGCCGGGCAUCGCUGGUCUCAUGAAGAUUGCAAAGGAGGCUUAUGUGGACCAUACCCAAUUUGAUAAAAAAGAUCCACAUUAUGAUCCUUCCAGCAAACCAGAUAACCCUAAAUGGAGUAUGGUGGAUGUUCAGUUUGAAAGGAUGGUAACGCGUUUCAUCCCUCUAUCUGAACUAAAGAAACUUCACAUGCAGCACAAGACUAAUGGUGGUCCUCUGAAGGAUAUGGCCCUCUUUACCAGAGCUAGACUAUCAGUUCAACCUCUUACUGCAGAGGAAUUUGACUUUGUCCUGAAUUUAGAGAAUGAAGAUCCAGUAUGAACAUCUCCACGAAAAUCAGUUUUCUCUCAUCUUUAAACAUUUUAUAGCACUUAAGUAACAAAAUGCCUAAAGUAAUAAUAAAAACAAAAAA